GUCCAACGUACAUUCACCACAACCACCGAGCCUCAUUUCAACGCCGUAUUACUUGCUCACGCCUGUCUUGAGAAACCGGCAUCACGCCACAACUUGAACCACCCCAGCCCGGUAUCACCUCAUCACCAUGGCACAAGCAUCCCGCUUAGCCAAGGACUUAACCCUCAAGGGUUCCGUCACUACCAUCCCAAAGCUCGUCUAUGGCACAGCAUGGAAGAAGGAUCAAUCGGCCGACCUUGUCUACAAAGCAUUGAAGAAUGGCUUCCGCGGCAUCGACACGGCCGCACAGCCAAAGCACUACAACGAGAAAGGCGUGGCGCAGGGCGUCCAGAGGGCCAUCGGAGAUGGAAUCGUCACGAGGGACGCUCUCUUUAUCCAAACAAAGUUCUCGCCGCCUAGCGCUCAAGGCCCCAACCCGCCCUAUGACCUUGAUGCUCCGCUGGUCGACAAGGUUCACCAGUCGGUGCGCUCGUCGCUUGAGUACUUCACCACCCAAGGCCAGGAGCCAUACUUGGAUAGCGUUGUGAUGCAUAGCCCUUUGGACACUAUAGAAGAGACAAUCACGGCCUGGAAGACUUUGGAGACAUAUGUUCCGAGUAAGAUCCGCAAUCUCGGCAUCUCCAACACAACCCUCCCUGUUCUCCAAGCCUUGAACAAUGCAGCCACUAUCAAACCCAGCGUCGUGCAGAACCGCUUCCACGCAGAGACUGCGUUCGAAACCGGCCUGCGCGCCUACUGCCGAGAGCAAGAAAUCGUCUUCCAGUCUUUCUGGACUUUGAGCGCUAACCCACGUCUCGCCCGAGCUAGUCCCGUGGGGGAGGUCGCAGAGAAGUCUGGGGUAGCUCCAGUAGCGGCUUACUACGCCCUCGUACUAGGACUAGAUGGGAUCACCAUCUUGGAUGGGACAACUAACGAGGUUCAUAUGAAGGAGGACUUGGAGGGCAUAGAUGUGGUGGGUGCCUGGGCUGAGGGAGAUGGCGCGGCGGAUUGGGCUUCUGCUUUGGCCAGUUUCAGAAAGGUGAUCGGAGAAGCCUAGCUGUGUUCUUUGAUGGACAACCUCUAUGACCUAGAAACUCGGUAGAGUUUUCUUGUUCCACUUUAUAGGUACCUAGUCAACCAACUUUCUUUGUCGCCUGACUGGUAUUUCACAGAGCCCUUCUACCUUGAUACCUAGGUGGGCAGGCAGACAGGCCAAUAUCGUACCAGUCGCUGCUACUAGCCGGAGGUUGACCCGAGAAAAUGUUCCUCCAACAAGGUGGUUAACAAGGCGGUUGAACCCUUAGAGUUGGCCAUUCGCCCAAGACAACCGGGUUGCAAAAUCUCAAGGUGGAAAUCAUGGACGGCCAUGGAAUUCCAAUGGCAGUAUAUAAUGCCCUCGAGCCGCCGUUCUAUGGAAUUAUCU